AACAUUGCAUAACCUGAUAAGUCUCUCUCGCUUUCUGUCGAUCACUGUCUGUGAACAUGAAAGUCAGAGCACCACUCAACAUCUAAAGCUGCUGCAGCUGGCAAAUAUCUAUGCCUACACCUUUCUUUCGAAAAUCGAUCUUUUUCUCCCCUUUUCCUUAGAGGAAUUCUUAUGUUUAAAUACUAGCUAGAGUGAAGUUACUGAUGAGUACUUGCACCAGAGAGAUGGAUUUCUUCCCGGCCAAUUUCAUGCUACAUCAUCAUCAAGAACAAGAUCAUCGACGCAAUCAUAUUCAGAACCCGGCCUCUCAAUUUAUUGAUUCGUCUCAGAAUUUAUUGCCUCCUCAAGAUUUCCAUGGGACGAUUGGCUCGUUUCUUGGGAAAAGAUCCAUGUCAUUUUCGGGAGGUGAUCAUCAUCAGCAGCAGCUUAAUGAAGAAAGCAACAUACAUGGAGAUCAUGUGGAUGAUUUGUCUGAUCCGGAGGAUGAUGAUGGAUCAGGAACCGUAGGAUCAGGAGGUUCAAAGAAGAGAAGGCUAAACAUGGAGCAGGUGAGGACUCUUGAGAAGAGCUUUGAGAUGGGGAACAAGCUUGAGCCUGAUAGAAAACUGGAGCUGGCCAGGGCUCUCGGGCUUCAGCCUAGACAGAUUGCUAUUUGGUUUCAGAACAGGAGAGCCAGAUGGAAGACCAAGCAAUUGGAGAAAGAUUAUGAUCUACUCAAGUCUCAGUUUGAUGCUGUUAAAGCUGAAAAUGACUCCCUCCAGUCUCACAAUCAGAAACUACACGCCCAGAUAAUGGCAUUAAAAAAUGGGGAGCCAACAGAGUCAAUAAACCUGAACAAAGAAACAGAAGGAUCAUCCAGCAACAGGAGCACAGAAAACAGCUCUGAAAUAAAACCAGAUUUCUCAAGAACAUCACCAGCUAUCGACAGCCAUCCUCAUAAACUCACCAGCAUACCGCUCUUCCCCCCUCCGAAUAAUAAUAAUAAGUCGAGUUUUUUUAGGCUGCAGCAACCCGCGGCAUUCCAUAUGUCAAGACCAUCCGAUCAUCCUCAUCAACAAUCAGUCAAGGAAGAACAUUUCUGCAACAUGUUCACCGGAGUGGAGGAUCAAACUGCUUUCUGGCCUUGGCUCGAACAACAGCCGUUUAAUUAAAAUUUUCGAUUAAAAAAACGUCAUGGUCAGGACCUGCAUUCCAGCUUUCUCUUGAAUUUAAAUUCUGUUUUGGUACUUUAAGUAGCUUGCGACUGGUGUAUAAAUCUAGUGAGUAACCAAGUUAUUGAAUGAAGUUGAUUUGAUUA